AAAAGAGAGAGGCAAUUCGAGUCCUUCUUCGUCGUAAAAGUCGAGUAGAUCCCUCUUCUCAAAAUUUCUCUCGCCGACCUCCGCCAUCUCUCUAUAUUCCUCCACCGCCACACAUCGGCGACUGCCAAUUGCACCGCCGCUAGCUCUCUCCGCGCGCGGGAUCGAAGUUGCUAGCCGAUUUGUGUGGUACUUUGUCCCUUCUCCGAUCUGCCACUGUCUGCCUAUUGGAAGUCGUUCACCAACUUCUGGCCGUCAGAUUUUGUUCGUCUUGCAAUCUGCCGCUUGGACCACAGUCACGCUACUCCCGAGAUUUGUUUCGAGCUAGUUGCCCUGUCUGUCCGUGCGUUGAUUGAGCCUCCGGUGUACUGAGAUUGAGUUGCGGUCCAGUCAUUUGGAAGCUCGAAAUUGGGCGUUUGGACACAAAUUAGGAACAGUUAGAAGACAGUAAAAUGAGCAAGUAUGGCCUGCAGCUUAGGGUUAAGCCAUCGCAGCAGAAGCAGCCUACAAGACCACCCCUUCCUGCUCCUCUUGGAUUUCAAGAUGAUGACGAUGACGAUGUUGAGAGAGAGAUAUCCCGCCAAGCUUCCAAGAAUAAGGCGCUUAAGGAUAUUGAGGAGCAACAUAAGAAAGCACUAGAGGAGGAUCCAUCUGUCUUUGACUAUGAUGGAGUUUAUGAUGAAAUGAAAGAAAAGGUUGUUCAACCUCGAGCAUAUGAUCGUGAAGAGCGAAAGCCAAAGUAUAUUCAAAAUUUGAUGAAAAAGGCACAAGAGAGAGAGAGAGAGCAGGAGAUUAUAUAUGAAAGAAAACUGGCCAAGGAGAGAAGCAAAGAUGAUCAUCUCUAUGCUGGUAAGGAUAAAUUUGUCACCGGUGCCUACAAAAAGAAACUUGCAGAACAAGCAAAAUGGAUGGAGGAAGAGCGCCUUCGACAACUUCGGGAGGAGAAAGAGGAUGUUACUAAGAAGAGCGACAUGAGCGAUUUUUACUUCAGUCUUCAAAAGAAUGUUGCCUAUGGUGCCCGAAAUGCAAUUGAGCCAACGGCACCCCCAAAGAAGCUUCAGUUAGAGAAGAAAGAGAAGCAGACAGAAGUUCAUAUUUUGGAGAAGCAUGAAGAGAGUUGUAAUGGCGAUACCUUUAAUGACCAUCUGUUGCAAAACUCGAACUUACCUUCCUGUUCAGAGAAGACAAUAGAAGAGCAUCCUCAUCUUGAAGAACGCCUUCCGUUUUCAAACAAAACGACACCAUCUAAUAUAGAAGGUACCAGCCCCCCUACUUUACAUGAUAAAACUCCAGUUCAAGAACAGCCCAAGCAUGAGCAAAGUGAACAACCACCAAAGAGUGAUCACCAUAAAAGAAAUGAAGAUGCUGUUGCUGCUGCAAAAGAGCGCUUUUUGGCUCGAAAAAGAGCCAAGGAGGUGUGAAAUACUUGUCAAACUAGAUUAAACUGAGUACUAAUAUGUAAAUGUCAUUGUUGUAUCAAGAAUAUCUGAUAAUUAUGUUCUUAAUAGUCAAAUUAGUCUUUAACCAUUGGCUGCAACAUUGCAUUCUGUUUUAUGGUUCGUGUGAGAGCUUCAAAUGAAACCCGAAGAACGCAGUUGCUUGAAGUUGCAGCGUUUUCAUUGAAAAUGGAAUGCCAUUAUUAAACUUGUGAUAUGGAGGCUAGAGAUUGGACAUAAGCUCCUGCAUUAGCAUCGCAGACACAUCAAGUAGGGAGAAAAUCAAAUUCUUCCAAACUUUAUUAUGUAUGAGCAUAUGGAAAAUGAUUAUUUUCUUUGUUGGGACCCAAAAACUGAAUGAAGCUUCUCAAUGAACUGAUUAUAGCUAAGCAACUUUGCUUUGAAAAUCUCUCCAUAAGGAAGAAGAUUCCCAGUUUUGAAAUACAACACAAAUCUUUGUGAACAUGUUUCUUAAUAAAGUAAUCCCCAAGCUUGAAGUUGGA